UUUAAAUUUAAAAUGAUGAUUCUACUUGUGACUGCCACAUCAUUGAUCACCAUUUAAUUCUUUGGGGUUCACUACACCAGCCUACUUUCUCAUUAGCGCAUUAAUUUGGCCUAAAAUCCGGAUGUCGCAGUCACUUGUACAAAAUUGGACUUUUCUUGAAAUGGCCAUUUUUACCGGAAUUCCAGGGACCAAGUCUGGAGUUGGAGUCGGAACCUACCAACCUGAAUUCGCAUGCUCCGCUUCGUUCCGGAAGGUUCCCGUGCUGGAUCCGGAACCCUUUUUUUGAAGACGGCCACCUCCAAGUUCAACGUUCUGCGACGUAGUGCAGGGAAGUGACCCCUAUCAAGGACUCGUUUCACCACUGUUAAUUGCCAGCUCAGAAAAGAUCCACGACCUUGUCUUUCCUUUAGUUUUUAUUUUUUUUAAUUAUAUUUCGUAAAAUUUACUCUGGUUAGUUUUCUUUCGUCUCAUUUUGCAAUCUACCUACUUCAUGCGACGCUAAACGUCACAUUGGCGCCCAUACUGGUUAUUUCUGAGCUGUGCAUUAUUGAAGCAAGUCCUUGGCCUUUUUCUCCUCUUGGUUUUCAUUGGUGUUGGUGGCUUUCUAAUAUUAGCACUUGUAAUUCAUCUAGUUUUUAAGUCUGAUUUGAGCAGUUGUUUGGUACGUGGUUGUCAGUUUCUCACAUCAUAUAGUUAUAGCAUAAUUCUUGUUUUUUUUUUAAAAAAAAACACUACACUUCACUUAUUCCGAUUUAAAAUAAUUUUAAAAUUCUAUCGUAUCUCACAUUCCACUUACUUAGCAACUAAACCUAACUGCUUUUUAAUCAAUUGUAAUCAAAACGCACACCCUUUACGUUAAGAUUUAAACAUGUCGUACCCAAUUAAAUAUUUGUCACUACAAAAAGCUGAGCUUGAAUAUGAGGUGAUCCUUAGAGGUGGUUCAACUGGUUCGGUGCAGGACCUCCGAAGCCAGAUAGUAAAAUUGGCCAUACCUCCUGAGGACAUUUUGGAAUCACAUUUAGAGCCUGCGGGUGACCUUGAUGCUGUUAAAGACAGUCUAACAAAAUCCCAAACGAUGCUAGCAUCCCUCAAAUCUAAAUUUGAUAAGACCCUGUUCUUGCGUACCGAAAAUCUACUACACCAUAUAUAUCACAGACUAAGGCGUAUCUCAAACGUUAGUGCCACGUUAGUUGACCAGCACAAAAAUUAUUGCACUACCUUUAACAACCAAUACAAAGAAAUUACGACGUUGAGGCCGGCAUCAACCUCAAAUGCAAAUGCAGUCUCAGUUUUGGAACCUGAAGCUACGGCGGUACUCCACUGUGAUCGUAACCUGACUUCUGACUUGGCAAAACUAAAGUACUCUGGAAAAGCCUGCGUUUUUUCUUUCAUUCAAAGAGUUGAAGAAUUCGUAGAGGUUAGGAAUAUAUCAAAGAAUCGUGUAUUGAAGUUUGCCUACGAGAUUUUCACUGAUGACGCAUUACAUUGGUUCCGUUGCAAUAAAGAAAGUUUUCAAAGCUGGGACGAUGUCGUCGUCCUAUUAAAAAAAGACUUUAGUCCAAAGAAUUACGACUAUCGCCUGACUAAUGAAAUAAAAUCUCGUACGCAAGGGGAACAAGAAAACAUUUCUAUUUACUUGUCUAUUAUGCAUGGCAUGUUUUCGCGAUUGGUUAAACCGUUGUCUGAGGAAGAAAAACUCGAAAUUAUCUUACAUAACAUCCGGCCAUGUUAUGCCAGCACCCUAGCCGCUUCACCGGAGAUCAAGGACCUAAAGACAUUAAAAGCCCUUUGCACAAACUAUGAGGACAUUCAGUCACGCUUAUCCUUGUUUCAUGAACCGCCUAGGGUGACUUCUGAGACUCUAGCCCCAGAAUUUGCCUACACUAAAUAUCAUAAAAAUAAUAACUACUACACAAAUAAAAACUACCAAAAUACAAAUUCAAAUGAAAAACAGAAAAACUACUAUAAUCAAAACAAAUAUCCUAACUACUCGAGCUCUUACAACUACAACAAAUCUAAAACUACAGAGGAAAAGCCUACUACUACUAAUGCUGUACAAGCGACAGCAAACAGUACAAAAAAUGUCAACACUGCUAGUAACUCGCGUAAGUACUGUCCUAGGUGUCGCACUGAUACACACUCUUUGAAAGAAUGCAAACAGCCACACUUCCCUAUCUGUUUUAAAUGUGGUAAUAAAGGUGUACGCUAUCCUGAUUGUAAAUCCUGUAAUCCUAAAGAUGCAAAAAACUAAAUUCAGUGGAUUGUAGUGUACAUAAUCUUUCUAAAAAAUCUAGUGAAAACUUUAGUGAUUCAGAGUGGAAAUCUUGGCUCAACUUCAUAUCUAAAUUUUUCACUUGCUAUUCAGUCACUGCAAUCCACGAUUCAGAUAAAAUACAUAACAGACCGUAUGUCUCAGUUCAGAUCAAUGGUAAAACUAUCCAUGGUUUGUUAGAUACGGGUAGUGGUUAUACAAUUCUAGGU